CCCCUUGUAGGCUUUGCCUGGCAGCGGUGAUCUUGUUAGUCGGUAGUUGUUAUCGAGGAGGAGGAGGUGACGCCGAGGACAUUUCACCACAUCACAGCCAUCGUGGAGGACAAGAAAAGCCAACAGUGUCCACUUCCUCCUCUGCUAUCAGCUGCUGUCUACGAGGGGAGGGGGAAAGGAGGAACGCCGGAGGAACCCUUGAACUUCCAGCUUGCUCCCAUGUGGACACCACAGCGUUGAGACAAAACUUCCACCCUGUCCCCCCUUGUCUUUCUCCUUCUCAACUUAGGAGCUAAAUAAGAAGAAAAGAAGGAGGAGAAGAAGAAGUGGUGGGGAUCAAUUAAAAAAAGUUGUCCACUAUGGUCCAUUGGACUGGAAGCCUGCUGUGCGUCCUCGCACUCAGUGUCGGCUUGGCGCCGCCGCCGCCGUGCCAAGCUCGGAUAUACACCAACCAUUGGGCGGUGAGGAUCGCCGGGGGAACCGCGGUGGCCGAGCGGAUAGCGGAGAAGUACGGAUACAGGAACAUGGGGCAGAUUGGAGACUUGAAAGACCACUAUCACUUCUUCCACAGUCGGACCAUUAAGAGGUCAACUUUGUCCAGUCGCGGCCGCCAUAGUUUCAUCUCCAUGGAGCCCAAGGUGGAAUGGAUACAGCAGCAGGUGGUCAAGAGGAGGAUCAAGCGGGAUUACAAACCGGUCCCGCCCCUCUCCCUGUCGAGCCACGCCCACAGCAGCACGACGGCCCAGAACAACAUAUUCUAUAACGACGCCAAGUGGGGCAGUAUGUGGUAUAUUCACUGCAAAGACGACGCCCACAACUGCCAGUCGGACAUGAACAUCAUGGGGGCGUGGAAGAGAGGCUACACGGGCAAAGACGUGGUGGUGACCAUACUGGAUGACGGCAUUGAGCGCAACCACCCUGACCUUGCUCAGAACUACGACCACCAAGCCAGCUUUGACGUCAACGGCAAUGACAACGAUCCCAUGCCGCGAUAUGACGCAACCAACGAGAACAAACACGGGACACGGUGUGCGGGAGAAGUUGCUGCGUCUGCAAACAACUCCCACUGCAUUGUGGGAAUUGCCUACAACGCCAGAAUUGGAGGUGUGCGCAUGCUGGACGGCGACGUCACGGACAUGGUUGAAGCCAAAUCUCUCAGCCUGCAGCCGCAGCACAUCGACAUCUACAGCGCCAGCUGGGGGCCGGAUGACGACGGCAAGACGGUGGAUGGACCGGCGUCUCUGGCCAGACAGGCGUUUGAGAAUGGCAUCCGUAUGGGGAGGAAGGGGCGGGGCUCCAUUUUCGUGUGGGCCUCCGGCAACGGCGGCCGCAGCCGGGACCACUGCUCCUGCGACGGCUACACCAACUCCAUCUACACCAUCUCCAUCUCCAGCACGGCGGAGAGCGGACGCAAACCCUGGUACCUGGAGGAGUGCUCGUCCACCCUGACCACCACCUACAGCAGCGGCGAGAACUACGACCGAAAGAUUAUCACCACAGACCUGAGGCACCGCUGCACCGACAGUCACACCGGCACGUCAGCCUCGGCUCCCAUGGCCGCCGCCAUCGUCGCGCUGGCUCUGGAAGCAAAUCCUCUUCUAACUUGGAGAGACGUUCAGCACAUCAUUGUAAAGACUUCCCGAGCCGGACACCUCAGCGCCCCCGACUGGAAAACCAACGCGGCUGGUUAUAACGUCAGUCACCUGUAUGGCUUUGGCCUGAUGGACGCUGAGGCCAUGGUGAAAGAAGCCGAGCGGUGGAAGCAAGUUCCUUCUCAGCACGUCUGCGUGGAGAGUGCCGACCGGCAGAUCAGGACAAUCCGUCCGGAGCACGUGGUGCGCUCCGUGUACAAGGCCACGGGCUGCACCGACAACCCCAACCACCACGUCAUCUACCUGGAGCACGUGGUGGUACGCAUCACCAUCACUCACCCGCGCCGCGGGGACCUGUCAAUCAAUCUGACCUCACCGUCUGGGACAAAGUCACAGCUGCUCGCCAACAGGUUGUUUGAUCACUCCAUGGAAGGUUUUAAGAACUGGGAGUUUAUGACCACCCACUGCUGGGGAGAAAAAGCAGCAGGCGACUGGGUCCUGGAGAUUUAUGAUUCACCCUCUCAGCUACGCAGCCAGAAAGUACCUGGCAAGCUGAAAGAGUGGUCCCUGGUGCUGUAUGGAACCUCCGUGCACCCGUACUCGUCUCUACGCAGCGAUAAGCCGCGCUCCACCGACAUGCUGACGCCCAUUGACGAGGAGGAGGAGUACAACGGUCCAUGUGACUCUGAAUGCAAUGAGAACGGCUGCGAAGGCCCCGGCCCCCACCACUGCAUAGACUGCCUGCACUUUUUCCUCAAGUUCAAGAACAACACCAGGAUGUGCGUGUCGGAGUGCCCCAGCGGCUUCUUCCGAGACGACAGGAGGCGCUGCAAAAAGUGCUCGUCGCUGUGCGAGACCUGCGUCGGUAGUCGUAGCGACCAAUGCACCACCUGCAGGUCCGGCUUCCACCUCAACGAGGGCUCCAACACAUGCGUGGCCAGCUGCGGCGACAGCUUCUACCUCGACCACGAUUCCAACAUUUGCAGGAGGUGUCCCGAAAACUGCAAGAAGUGCACCACCUCUAAUAUCUGCACGGAAUGCAAACCUGGGACCAGUUUACAAGGCAACAAGUGCCAGAUGACGUGCGACGCGGGUUCCUAUUACAACGGCCACAGGAGGACUUGUGAGCCGUGUCAUCGCGCCUGUGCCACCUGCGCAGGCACAGGUAUAGAAGCGUGCACCAAGUGUGCCGACAGCUACAUGCUGGAGGACUGGCGCUGUGUGUCCACGUGCAGCAACAGCUACUACCUGUCAGAGCAGACGUCCGACAGCGGCCAGGUUCAGAGGUCCUGUAAGAAGUGCGAUCAUAGCUGCUACGAGUGCCUGGGGCCCGGUGAAAGGAACUGCAGCAGCUGCGUCAGCGGUUACAAUCUGGAGGCGGGAGCCUGCGUGGUCAGCACCAUCUGCAAAGAUGGUCAGUACAUGGGUCGCCAUGACAAGUGUCUCCUGUGUGACGUCACCUGUCUGGAGUGCACGGGUCCCGAGAGAGAGGACUGCACCAGCUGCCCGUCAUCACGCUUCUUUGAUGAGGGCAUGUGUGUCAUCCGCUGCCAAAGGGGGCGCUACGCUGUGGCUAGGCAGUGUCUCCGCUGUCACCACACCUGCCAGGAGUGCAGUGACGAGGGGCCUGACAAGUGUACCUCUUGUGACACAGAUAUGUUUGACGUGACCCGCUACCUGUUUGGUAGUCAGUGUCGGGACGUCUGUCCAGAGGGCUUUUUCCACUCCGUGCACAAACGAUGCGAGCCGUGUGCUCCGGACUGCAUGACUUGCACGUCGGCCAGUCGCUGUCUACGCUGCAAGCCGGGACACAAACUCCAAGACGGCAAAUGUUUUCCACUGGAGUGCAGCGCAGGUGAGGUUGCCGAGGCUGAGGACUGUCUCCCCUGUGAUGAAGGCUGCAAGCAGUGUGAACAUAAAAAUUCCGGACAUCCAGAACAAGGAACCGUGUGCCUCAAGUGUGAAGAUCAUUUCUACCAGCUGGAUUCGGACUGCUACCAGUCCUGCCCGGAUCAGACGUACGGAGCUGCAGAGACCAUGACGUGUUCUCCCUGUGAAGACCAGCAUUGCGCCAUAUGUGACCCCACCCAGUGCUACUGGUGUCUGGAGGGAUUCUAUCUUUUUGAUGGGAGGUGUGCGGACCACUGCGAGGAGGGCUUCUUUGUGGACGUGGAGAGCCAGGAGUGUGAGCGGUGUCACCGUGCCUGCAAGACCUGCGGCGGGCCCAGAUUUGACGACUGCGACUCGUGCGAGGAUGAGAUGACGCUGAAGGACGGAGAGUGUCUGAAGGGAGCCCAGCUGGGACCGUGUACCCAAGGACGCUUCCGUAACGAGCACGGAGACUGUGAGCUUUGUCAUUCUUCUUGUAAGACGUGCUUUUCUCCACGCAAAGAUGACUGCAUCGCCUGUCACUCAGGUAAUUUCCUGACCGCUCAUCAGACGUGCACCCCCCGCUGUCCGUCAUCCACCUUCGCCAACCGCACGUCCGGUCGCUGUGACGCCUGCAUGGAGGGCUGCGUCUCGUGUCAGGACGCCAACGUGUGCCAGCGAUGCCAAGCUGGACUCUUCCUGCAGGACGGAACGUGUGUGCUGGAGUGCCACAGAGGUUUUUUUCCCGAGGGCGGCGUGUGCCACCUGUGUGCUCCACAUUGCGCUUCCUGUCAGGGAAACGCCUCCUUUUGCCUGACCUGUGAUGACGGAUUCCUCCUGCUGGAGCGCUCGUGCAGACGUCGGUGUCCUCUGGGCUACUACAGCAAAGACGCACAAUGCAUCCGCUGUCCCCCUGACUGUACGCAGUGCAAUCAAGAUGGCCUCUGUCUGAGAUGUGCCGACGUCUUCUUCCUCCAUGCCGACGGAUGCGUGGACGAAUGCCCCGCCGGCUACUUCGCCAGCGAGAAGCAGCGGGAGUGCAUGCAUUGCCAUGCCGACUGCGCUUCCUGCAACGGCCCCGACAGUGACGACUGCGACACGUGCCGCAACCCCAAAGCCGUCCGCUACGACGGCGAGUGUCUGCCUGAGUGUCCCAGCAACACUUACUACGACCACGCUGAUGGCGAAUGUCGAGAUUGUGACCAGUCCUGUCUGACGUGUUCGGGCAACGAGCCGUCGUCGUGCCUGAGCUGCGAAUCGAACCGGCGUAAAGACAGCGGCGGUCACUGCGUGUGGUACAGCCAGUGCUCACUACGCUCCUACAUGGACGCUCUUGGCCAGUGCCAACCCUGCCACCCGUCCUGCCGCCGCUGCUCGGGCCCGGGCUCGGACCGCUGCCUCAGCUGCGACCCUCCACGCUUCCUGCUAAACUCUACAUGCACGCCGCAGUGUCCAGUGGGUUACUAUGGCGACGACAAGGACGAGCUUGUGUGUGAACGCUGCCACGUGAGCUGCGCUUCCUGUGUGGGCCGCCACAGCGUGCAGUGUGUCGCCUGUAGACCGGGCUUCUUCAGGCAGGGAAGCAGCUGUGUACAAACGUGCUCCGAGAGUCAUUUUGGCAACACGAGCAUCAUGGCGUGCCAGCGUUGCGACCCCGCCUGCAGACGGUGCGGGGGUCCCGCCGACAGCGACUGCCUGAGCUGCCGUGACGGCUUCGUCUACAUGAAGCAGAUGGGUCGCUGCCUGAAGAGCUGCCCCCCCGGAUACUACCGACACAGCUGGUCCAACGCCUGUCUCAAGUGCCACCCCACCUGCAAGACCUGCACAGGUGGUGGCGCUGUUUCCUGCGAGUCCUGUUACCAUGGCUACAGGCUAAUUGGCUCAAGCAUCUGUGAAUCCCAGUGCCUGAUUGGCUUCUACGUGGCCUCACAGAGCUCGACGUCUGACAGCGACACGCCCGACUGCCGGCCCUGCGACCCCUCCUGCUUGGGCUGCCGCGGCCCAGACGCAUGGAACUGCACCGAUUGCCCCGCCUCUCAGAUGCUGGCUGAGGACGGACGAUGUCUGAGCUGCUGCAGAGACGACACGAUGCCCGCCGACAAGCCCGUCCCCUGGCAAUGCUGCGACUGUGCUGCCUCUCCACAGGACUGCGUCCUCAGCGUCAACUCCGUGAAGAGAAACGCUGACGAUCUGGAGGCCAAUAUCGCCGCUAGACUGACCGUCGCCAUCUUUGUCCUGCUGAUCCUGUCCGUGGGGGGCGGGGUCUUCAUCUUCCUCCACCUUCGCUCCAAGUCGUAUCCCGUCGCCGCCUCCGCCAUGCCCAACUUAAAUGGAGGCUACCUGAAGCUGGACAACAACGAAGAUGCGGCACGGCAGCAGGUAAGCCCCGCCUCUUUUGGCGAAUACAGCGACCGCAUCAUCGAUUGUGAGGACGGAGAUGAUGACGACGACGACGAUGAGGAGGAUAUUGUUUACAUGGGGCAAGAUGGCACCGUCUACAGGAAGUUCAAGUAUGGACUUUUGGAUGAUGAGGAUGACGACAUUGAGCUGGAGUAUGACGAUGAGAGCUACUCCUACACCUGACCACGGACACGUGGACUUGAACUCCACUCUAUGGGAUCCGACACGUUAUGAUAUUAACCCACUCGUCACAUUACUAUUGCUCACUCAACACCAUCCUUACUGUGGGAGAGGAGGGCAGUGAUACCGUAUCAAGGGAAGAUAUCAACAUGUAUUAGACUUUUUUAACUUUAACUUUUAUCUGUCCAUUAUGGUAACAUCACUGUAUCGCAAUGCUGUCAAUACUGUGGACCGAUAUCACAUUCAUGUCAAUCUGAAGCUGCUGAGAUACAAUAACCGUAUUAUGAUACUGUUGAUAUUGUGGGCAGACAUCACAGUAAUAUCAAACUGAAGCUGCUGAUACAAUAACCGUAUCAUGAUACUGAUGAUUAUUGUGGGCAGUUAUCACUGUGAUAUCAAUCUGAAGCUGCUGAUACAAUAACCGUAUCAUGAUACUGUCAAUAUUGUGGGGGCGAUAUCACGGUGAUAUCAAUCUGAAGCUCUUGAUACAAUAACCGUAUCAUGAUACUAUCAAAUAUUGUGGACAAUCUGAAGCUGCUGAUACAACAACAGUAUUAUGAUACUGUCGAUAUUGUGGCCCGAUAUCACAGUGAGACCAAUCUGAAGCUACCGAUACAAUAACCGUAACAUGAUACUGUCGAUAUUGUGGCCAGCUAUCACAGUGAUAUCAAUCUGAAGCUACCGAUACAAUAAACAUAUCAUGAUACUGUUAUUGAGGGCAGAUAUCACGGUGAUAUCAAUCUGAAGCUGCUCAUACAAUAACCAUAUUAUGAUACUGUCAAUAUUGUGGGCAGAUAUCACAAUGAUAUCUGAAGCUGCUGAGAUGCAAUACCCGUAUCAUGAUACUGUCAAUAUUGUGGACAGAUAUUACUGUGAUAUCAAUCUGAAGCUGCUGAGAUACAAUAACCAUAUCAUGAUACUGUCAAUAUUGUGGCCAGAUAUCACAGUGAUAUCAAUCUGAAGCUGCUGAUACGAUAACUGUAUCAUGAUACUGUUGAUAUUGUGGCCAGAUAUCACUGUCAUAUCAAUCUGAAGCUACCGAUACAAUAAACAUAUCAUGAUACUGUUAUUUAGGGCAGAUAUCACGGUGAUAUCAAUCUGAAGCUGCUCAUACAAUAACCGUAUUAUGAUACUGUCAAUAUUGUGGGCAGAUAUCACAAUGAUAUCUGAAAGUGCUGAGAUGCAAUACCCGUAUCAUGAUACUGUCAAUAUUGUGGCCAGAUAUUACUGUGAUGUCAAUCUGAAGCUGCUGAGAUACAAUAACCAUAUCAUGAUACUGACAAUAUUGUGGCCAGAUAUCACAGUGAUAUCAAUCUGAAGCUGCUGAUACGAUAACCGUAUCAUGAUACUGUUGAUAUUGUGGCCAGAUAUCACUGUCAUAUCAAUCUGAAGCUGUUGAUACAAUAACUGUAUCAUGAUACUGUUGAUAUUGUGGGCAGAUAUCAUGGUGAUAUCAAUCUGAAUCUGCUGAUACAAUAACCAUAUCAUGGUACUGUUGAUUAUUGUGGCCAGAUAUCACAGUGAUAUCAAUCUGAAGCUGCUGAGAUGCAAUACCGUAUCAUGAUACUGUCAAUAUUGUGGCCAGAUAUUACAGUGAUAUCAAUGUGAAGCUGCUGAUACAAUAACCAUAUCAUGAUACUGUUGAUAUUGUGGCCAGAUAUCACAGUGACAUCAAUCUGCAGCUGCUGAGCAAUAACCGUAUCAUGAUACUAUAUCACAAGCACUUUUCUGGCAAAGUGUCCAUUAUAGUAUAAUGUGAUACUAUCAUGAUACGGUCACAGAUAUCACAGGGAUGUCAGUCUGAAGCUACUUGGACACAAUAACUAAUGUCUUAAUAUUUCAUCUUGUAAAAAAACAUUUUUUUCCAUUAUUUUUGAAUUUUCAUGUUUAAUCCUAUUUUAGAAUGUGGCCCCGGGGCCACACCUUGGACACUCCUGGUGUACUUUGUGCUGUUUUUGCUGAUAUUAUGGAUACAUCACAGUCAUAUUGGACACACAACACUUUUCAAAAUGCUUUUUCUUGUGGGACGAGGCCUUGGGGGGGUCCACGUGACGUUGACAACGCCACCUGUUGUCCCCAGAGAUUAGGACGCUUCUCACGGACACAAAGUAGACCAAAUAUUGGUGCUUUGAUGAUAAAAGAUGGUGUGACUGGACCCUUGACUGUACUUCCCAUCAAAUGCAUUCGGAAAGACUCUUUUACUUUGUGUUCUUCCCACCAAAGACGUGGCCCCGUGGUCUACUUCUUAAAUAUAUAUUUACUACGUAUAGAAUGUAAAUACACACAGAUUUAUUACAUCAGUCCAGUGACUAGUGGCAAGGCGACGCUCCAAAAGCUUUGUGACCAAUUGACAGGAAAGAUCAUUUAUACACACGGAUACUUUCAUCAAGGAAAAUACAGUAAAGUCCCAAGUAUCUCCUGCUUGGGCUUUCUUCUAGGACCAGGUCAUCAUGUCAUCACGUAUCAUGAUACUGAUGCUGAGGGCAGAUAUCACAGUGGUAUCAAUCUGAAGCUCCUGAUACAAUAACCUUAUUAUGAUACUGUUGAUAUUGUGGGCAGAUAUCACAGUGAUAUCAAACUGAAGCUGUCGAUACAAUAACCGUAUCAUGACACUGUCAAUAUUGUGGGGGCUAUAUCACAGUGAUAUCAAUCUGAAGCUGUCGAUACAAUAACCGUAUCAUGACACUCAAUAUUGUGGGGGCUAUAUCACAGUGAUAUCAAUCUGAAGCUGUUGAUACAAUAACCGUAUCAUGAUUCAGUCAACAUUGUGGGCAGAUAUCAUGGUGAUCUCAAUCUGAAGCUGCUGAUACAAUAACCUUAUCAUGAUACUGUCAAUAUUGUGGGCGGACAUCACCGAAAUAUUAAUCUGAAGCUGCUGAUACAAUAACCGUAUCAUGAUACUGUUGACAUGGUGGGCAGAUAUCACAGUGAUAUCAAUCACAAGCCGCUGAUACAAUAACCGUAUCAUGAUACUGUCAAUAUUGUGGGCGGAUAUCACUGAGAUAUUAAUCUGAAGCUGCUGAUACAAUAACCGUAUCAUGAUACUGUUGAUAUUGUAGGCAGAUAUCACAGUGGUAUCAAUCUGAAGCUGCUGAUACAAUAACCGUAUCAUAAUACUGUUGAUAUUGUGGGGGCUAUAUCACGGUGAUAGCAAUCUGAAGCUGUUGAUAUAAUAACUGUAUCAUGAUAUUGUUGAUAUUGUGGCCAGAUAUCACUGAUAUCAAACUGAAGCUGUUGAUACAAUAACCGUAUCAUGAUACUGUUGAUAUUGUGGCCGGCUAUCAUAGUUAUAUCAAUCUGAAGCUCCUGAUACAAUAACCAUAUCAUGAUACUGUCAAUAUUGUGGGGGCUAUAUCACGGUGAUAUCAAUCUGAAGUUGUUGAUACUAUAACCGUAUCAUGAUACUGUCAAUAUUGUGGGCGGAUAUCACUGAGAUAUUAAUCUGAAGCUGCUGAUACAAUAACCGUAUCAUGAUACUGUUGAUAUUGUGGGCAGAUAUCACAGUGGUAUCAAUCUGAAGCUGCUGAUACAAUAACCGUAUCAUAAUACUGUUGAUAUUGUGGGGGCUAUAUCACGGUGAUAGCAAUCUGAAGCUGUUGAUAUAAUAACUGUAUCAUGAUAUUGUUGAUAUUGUGGCCAGAUAUCACUGUGAUAUCAAACUGAAGCUGUUUAUACAAUAACCGUAUCAUGAUACUGUUGAUAUUGUGGCCGGCUAUCAUAGUUAUAUCAAUCUGAAGCUCCUGAUACAAUAACCAUAUCAUGAUACUGUCAAUAUUGUGGGGGCUAUAUCACGGUGAUAUCAAUCUGAAGUUGUUGAUACAAUAACCGUGUCAUGAUACUGUUGACAUGGUGGGAAGAUAUCAGUGAUAUCAAACUGAAGCUGCUGAUACAAUAACCGUAUCAUGAUACUGUCAAUAUUGCGGGGGUGAUAUUUUGUGUUCUUCCCACCAAAGACGUCGCCCCGUGGUCUACUUCUUAAAUAUAUAUUUACUACGUAUAGAAUGUAAAUACACACAGCUUUAUUACAUCAGUCCAGUGACUAGUGGCAAGGCGACGCUCCAAAAGCUUUGUGACCAAUUGACAGGAAAGAUCAUUUAUACACACGGAUACUUUCAUCAAGGAAAAUACAGUAAAGUCCCAAGUAUCUCCUGCUUGGGCUUUCUUCUAGGACCAGGUCAUCACGCAUCAUGAUACUGUUGAUAUUGUGGCCAGAUAUCACUGUGAUAUCAAUCUGAAGCUGUUGAUACAAUAACCGUAUCAUGAUUCUGUCAAUAUUGUGGGCAGAUAUCAUGGUGAUAUCAAUCUGAAUCUGCUGAUACAAUAACCGUAUCAUAUUACUGUUGAUAUUGUGGGCAGAUAUCACAGUAAUAUCAAACGUUGAUACAAUAACCGUAUCAUGAUACUGUUGAUAUGGUGGGCAGAUACCACUGAGAUAUUAAUCUGAAGCUGCUGAUACAAUAACCGUAUCAUGAUACUGUCAAUAUUGUGGGGGGAUAUAUCCCGGUGAUAUUAAUCUGAAGCUGUUCAUACAAUAACCGUAUCAUGAUACUGUUUAUAUUGUGGCCAGAAACCACUGUGAUAUUAAUCUGAAGCUGUUGAUACAAUAACCGUAUCAUGAUUCUGUCAAUAUUGUGGGCAGAUAUCAUGUGAUAUCAAUCUGAUUCAGCUGAUACAAUAACCGUAUCAUGAUACUGUCAAUCUUGUGGGCGGAUAUCACUGUGACAUCAAUCUGAAGCUGCUGAGAUACAAUAACCGUAUCAUGAUUCUGUCAAUAUUGUGGGGGCUAUAUCAGUCCCAAGUAUCUCCUGCUUGGGGUUUCAUCAAUGAUUUAUAAAUCAUGUUUUAAGGGGCUCGCUCUGUUAAGUGGACUUUAUUCUUUGAGGUUUCGCAAGCUGGCACAAACAAAUGCAUGAACAGGAGGGUGAGAGGGGUCGGACUUGUGUAAUAGUCCCACAAGUCUCCUUGGUUGCAUAGCGUCCUUGUGUGCCGUGGUCCUACACAAUAAUGCCCUGACUUCACCCCCACACUGGGGGGUGUUUGAAGUGUUGACAAGAUUUACGUUGAAUUGUCACAGCUCGCAGCUAAUAUAUAAAACAGAACCAAAGUAACGACUCUCAGUGUCCGUUCAUGAUAGUCUGUGAGGACGAGGAGGGGGGGGUGGAGCGUCGUCCGCCGGUGAAGAAGUUGUCCUCCCUCAGC